GAGGCCCUUUUAUUCCAUCCACUUGUCCUAAGUGUUCACUUCACGCCUCCCUUUACAAUAUCUUGUUGGUUGCUAUCUCCUGAAAUCCGACAUUAAGAUGGAUUCCUACCACGUUUUGGCUCAAGUCGGCCAGGGCUCGUUUGGUCGUGUUCAUAAAGGAAUGAAAAAGUUUACAGGCCAAGUGGUCGCUCUGAAGUUCAUGCCAAAGAUGGGACGUUCAACUAAAGAGCUGCAAAGUUUAAAGAAGGAAAUUGAUAUAAUGAGUAACCUGCAGCAUCCCAACAUUGUGAAACUUUUUGACAGCUUUGAAACUGAAACAGAGGUGGUGGUUGUGACCGAGUAUGCAGAGGGUCAGUUGUUUCAGAUCAUUGAAGCUGACGGCAGUCUACCAGAAAGUCAGGUUUGCGAGAUUGCCUGCCAGCUCGUCUCCGCUCUGUAUUAUUUGCACUCCCGCCGUAUUCUUCAUCGAGACAUGAAACCACAAAAUAUCCUUUUUGAUAAAAACGGCGUGGUGAAACUGUGUGACUUUGGGUUUGCAAGGGCAAUGAGCGUCUCCACCAUGGUAGUUACAUCUAUCAAGGGAACACCCCUGUACAUGUCCCCUGAGCUAGUAGCCGAGAAGCCUUAUGACCACACCGCUGACCUCUGGGCGCUAGGCUGCAUUCUUUAUGAAAUCCACACCGGGUUGCCUCCAUUCUGUGCCGAUUCCAUCUUCCACUUGGGCCAGCUCAUUGUGGGAGACCCUAUCCAAUGGCCAAAGUCUAUGAGCAGCACGUGCAUGAGUUUCCUUAAAGGUUUGUUAAUCAAAGACCCCCAGAAGCGACUGUCAUGGCCUGAACUCCUGCAUCAUCCUUUUGUUGCCGAUGGUGUUCGAGUCAUUCAAGACACGGAUGUUUCCAGUCCUCUGACGGCCACCCUUGACCCAGACAUGCUUGCACUGAAACUGAAGCAAAUGGCAGAAAAGACAUCACCCGGUCAUGGAGAGAGCAGAAUAUUUCGAAAGAUUCGGGAGCAAAGAAACAAAAGUCACGCAAAGAAACUGGGUGACAGUGCUAAAGAAAAGAAAGAUGGUCUCAAAUCUGAAAGAGAUUGUGCGGCAGUAGUCACGCCCCUUAUAGAGACGACCCCCCCUGUUGAAUUCGCUUCCGCUAAUUCAACUCUUUCAUCUUCGAGUCUGGAACAAAUCGACUAUCCUGUGGUUACAUCAAGUCAUCAAGUCAGGGCUCCGAUCAGUCCAGUCUAUGAACAAGAGUUCCCCUCAGUUGAGGUCGGCCCGCGACUAGAACGAAGGACACGCAAAAGUGUCACAACAGUUGACAGUGAGGAAUAUUGGGAGAAGCUUGUUGAGGAGUCCGAUCCAAGCCGACAAAAACGAGACCAAUUCAACUUCAGCACUAUCGUGUCUCAACUGAAAUCCACCAUGUUCGUGUUCAAGCAGCAGUCUCGCUUUAAGCUGAGUGACGGUGUCCUAAAAGAUGCAUGGCGCAUUGGCCAGCCGCUGAAGGUCUUGCAGAACCUGAUUCUAACCUCUGACCGUGCCACGACGAACCAGAUAGCUGUUGAACUUGGACUGCCAUGUCUCCUCAUUGACAUGGUCCACAACUCUUUGGAAAACUCAUAUUUCAUUGAGCAGCCGUGGAGUCUACAAAUACUUCGAGAAAUGAUGGCUGCGCUGCUGGUCUACUGGGAGAAGAACCAAGACUUGUUGAGGGAAGACAAUAGACUUGAAGAAUUCGUCAAGCCCUUCAUGAGAAUUCUUUAUCAAGCAGACCUCAGUUCUUUAGCUCCGCUGGCUGCCUCCAUUUUGUCCCUCUUUACUCGACACAAGGUUGCUGUCAGCUUUGACACGGACAUGGUCAGCUCCUUGCUGAAAGAACAUGUGACUGCUUCACAUCAGCUGCAGGUUCCACUGCCAUCAGGCUGGGGACUCUGUGAUGGCCUCCUGUCUUUACUUUUGCAUUCUCUUUCUGAGGAUGGCUCUGGAUUUUCAUGUUUGGAUCCAUGUACAUUUCAUCAUCUUUGGAAAAGGACUGGAACGUCAUUAGCAUGGACUACGCCAGACACAGAUUUCUGUUCCAUCAACGGACUUUAUUUUCUCAUGUCUGCCACACUGUUGGUCUUCUGCAAUGACCCAUAUUCAUAUAUUUCACUGUUUUACGAGAGAAAAUCAACAUUCAUAUACACUCUAAGCUGGGUGCUGAGCUCUCAAUGUCUUUCGUUGUUUGCUGACUCCAAUCCAGUGAAAUCAGAAGUGAGUUCCAAACACGAGAGCUUUAUCCAGUUGAGCUGCCACUUCCUUUGCCUUCCAUUUGCUUUGGACAUAACUGCACACAAUGGUUCCAGGAUACUGCAGUUGUAUGACAGCUGUGGUGUUGUGAGAGGACUUUUGCAGGUUAUUGAAACACUACCUGUUUCAUCAGUGGAGCUGCCACUCUCACUUCUCCGCCGCUUGUUGUUGUGUGACCAUCAGCAUGCUCUCUCCCGCCUCUUUAAGGCUGCUCAUGGCUUUUUCUCAGCACCGGCAUUCACUCCAUCGGGUCAGCAGAUAUCGACCAGAACCGCCAGUUCUUUACUCUCUGAUUUGCUGCAACUGGAUGAUCUUGGGGACUCUGCUGUAGAACUACUAUCUCUGUUAUACCUCAUCACCUCCUUUUGUCCUAAUUCUGGUUGCCUCCAUGUUUACCUUGAACCCUCUGUGUUGCACCAAGCGCUCGCUCACUCUUAUGACCCGAUCAAGGCUGGCACAUGCAGGGUUUUGGGAAAGCUGCAUCCAUUCAACUCUCCUAAACCGCACAAUUUGCAUCCUAACAUACUCAAAAGUAUGGUAGACCUUCUUGAGGAUUCUAAUGUCCAUGUGCGGCAGGCGGCUUGCUUAUCAGUUGGGAAAUGGUUGGGUUAUAUUGCACUGGAGGCAGGGUUUAGCACAAGACGUCCCAAUGGAAAUGUAGGCAACAAUCCAGAGAGAUUAAAAGCAGAGCACAACGAUGCACACAGGGGUUCAAGCAGGGCAACACACAUUGCCAUGGUGACAGUAGAAAAAGAAUUACCUAAAGAGUUGAGACCGUGGCUUGAAGAAGCCAGGAUGACGGGGGCAACACUGGCAUCACUGACCUCUGACCCGGAUGCCCACACUCGUCUACACGCCUGUGCGGCUCUGGGAAACCUGCUACACAUUGAAGGUGCAGUACCUGAGCUGCUGGAAGAGAACGUGUCCAAAUUACUUCUGAGAACCGCAUGCACAGAUUCCCACAAGGCAGUGAGAGAAGCUGCCAUUGCAACAUUGAACCUGUACACUCAGCAAGAAUCAAUAAUACAGGUUCUGCAAUCCCAAAGUGCUGGAAAGAAACUUCUUCUGGCAUCAGAGCAUGUACCUUUUGAAUGUGAAUCUUUCAUCAGACAACUCAAAGGCAACUGAGACAGCUACUGUGGAAACCAUGGCUGUUAUAUAGAUUAUUUGAUAAUAGCUCUAUGUCAAAUCCAACCCAAAAUUGCAUUGUAAAGACGCAAAUAAACCACGAUAUUUUAUA